GAUACGGCAAGAUACGGCAAGAUAAUUCUAUUCAACAUUACGAAAAGAAGAUGGCGGACGAAGAGAAUCAAAUAAAAAUAGUUGUAAAAACAACAAAUACUAAGGAAACAAUAGAAAUCGAGCCAAAUGCUACUAUUGGAGAGUUCAAAGAAAAAAUUUCCCCGAAAUUCAAUGACACGCCGAUUGCACAGUUAUGUCUUAUAUUUGCUGGAAAGAUUCUAAAAGAUGAAGAAAAUCUCGAAAGUUAUGGGAUUAAAGAUGGCCUAACUGUACACUUGGUAAUAAAGUCGGCAAACAGAGCUCAACAACAAGCUGCUGAACAUGCUACUAGACAGCCAACACAGUCCUCGCCUCAAAACACUACAGGAAGACAAUCCUCAAAUAGUUCUACAACCAUUCCACCUUUGUUUGGUGGCUUACCAUCUGGUCUAGGUGAUAUGAAUCAAAUGCAGCAACAGUUAAUGAACAAUCCAGAAAUGAUGCAGCAAAUGAUGGAGAGCCCAUUGUUUCAAAGCAUGAUGUCUAACCCAGAAUUGAUUCAACAGAUGAUAAUGAGUAAUCCACAAAUGCAGCAACUUGUAGAGAGAAGUCCUGAAAUUUCACACGUUUUGAAUAACCCAGAUUUAAUGAGACAGACUCUAGAAAUGGCAAGGAACCCCGCAGUAAUGCAAGAAAUGAUGAGAAAUCAAGACAGAGCUUUGAGUAAUUUAGAAAGUUUGCCUGGAGGAUUCAAUGCAUUAAGGCGAAUGUACACUGAUAUUCAAGAGCCCAUGAUGAAUGCAGCUACAGAGCAGUUUCAAAAUGCCCAAAACAACCCUUUCUCAGCUUUGUUGGGAGGGGCAACCACCAAUGGUAGACAAGGGAACGCUGCUGAAACACCAAAUAGCGAUCCGCAGGCAGGAACAGAAAAUACAGCUCCUUUACCAAAUCCAUGGCAAUCAUCUGCUGGCAGUCGUUCUUCUCCUCGACCAUUUACAGCCACCACAACUACUACUGGCUCUACAACUGCAGGCUCAACCACUACAACAAGUGCUAAUGCAUCACCAGCUGCAUUAAUGUUUCAAACUCCAGGAAUGCAGAGUGUUCUGGAUCAGAUGACACAAAAUCCUGAAUUAAUGCAGAAUAUGAUGUCGUCACCUUAUUUCCAGAAUAUGAUGAAUCAAAUGGCACAAAAUCCAGAACUUAUAAGCUCAAUGCUUCGUACCAACCCAAUGUUUGCAGGAAAUCCUCAACUACAACAGCAGGUUACAUCCAAUCUUCCAAUGAUGAUGCAGCAGAUGCAAGAUCCGAGAUUUCAGCAGCUCAUGUCCAAUCCUCGCGCUCUCCAGGCCAUGAUGCAAGUACAGCAAGGAAUGCAGAGUCUUCAAACAGAAGCUCCAGGAUUGUUUUCUGGAACAGUUCCUACACCUGGUGUCAACACUGGAACGUCCUCAACGACAAAUCCUACGACUCCUUCAACAACAACAACUACUAAUACUUCAGGAAAUGCACAAACACCCUCCGGUUCAGAUGCAGUUAUGAAUCAAUUAAUGAAUCAAUUUCUUUCCACAAUGGGCCAGACAAGCACCUCCCCAGAACAAAGAUUUCGUGCACAAUUGGAACAACUCACGUCAAUGGGAUUUUCUGAUCACGAGAGAAAUCUCCAAGCUUUAAUUGCCAGUGGAGGAGAUGUGAAUGCGGCAGUGGAACGACUUCUUAGUGGAUGAAUAAUGGGAGUGUGAUUGAAAAAAAAAAUGACGAUACAAACGAGAACAACAAGAAAAAGAUUACCAUGAUGCAUUUCAACACAAUCAUAUAAGUGUUCUCUUGAACGAGUGAGAGCACUUUUGUGUUUGCUGAAAUAUAAUGAACUUAAAACAACUUUGUGGUCUGUUCUGUUAUUUUAACUUUUAGUUUCUAAGGUGCAUACAAUGAUAUCUUUAUGUCCAUGGAUAUGUUAUUGAGCAAUAUAUGUAAUUUUUCAUAUAGAAUACAAUGUCUCGUUUGUGGAUAAGAAAA